UCUUGACGAAUGUCUCGAAUGUUGAUAGAAUUCCGCUUCGGUUCAGGGAAGCGAAAAGCGGGAGUAGCCGAUGUUUAUUUUGUGUUGCUCCUACCGGAAAAAAUAGAGAGUGAUUUGACGAAAUAUUUGCAUUAUUAAAUAUGUGAAGUGCCUUUCGUUGACGGGCGAUGCGCGGCGGUGGCGAGGGCGGUUUUUUAAAACAAUGUUUCGUUAAUUCGUUGUGGGAUGGUACUAUUAAUAGAAGAAGAAUUAAAUGGCUUCCUAGUUAAACCCAGUUGACAGUUCAACACGUGCAAAUUUAUUGUGUUAUUUUUCAGUGUCGGGGGAGGGAGGUAGCGCUUAUCGAAUCUCUUGGAACGGUUAACUGUGCCAAACAACAAUUUCUAGAAGAAAUCGGCGUAGUUAAUCAACGCAUCACAAUUGAGACAACGUAUCGUAGCGUUAUCGUCCGUCCGUUGAGCAAUUCGGCCGAGUGGUGGUGAUUGUGCGAUUAUCCGGUGGCUCCUCGAACCGCGAUCCCUCAUUAAUCCCGCGAGUCUCGAAGAAGCCGCUUCUUCACACUUUCGUUGCUUAAUUUGGGUGAAUGCGCGUGUGUUUUGAAACAUUGUGCUUCUCGUCCAGGCACCAUGCAGCCGACGAGGAAGCCUCACCGGGUUUGAGACCGAGCAUACUAAUCGAUCGUCAAAUUCGAUCCGAUCUAGCCAUGGGAUCCGUACAGGAGCUGCAGGCCCUUCUGCUCGCGAGGGAGGAGAAGAUUAGGGAACUCGAAACGCUUCUGCAUAUUCGCGACGCGGAGAUCGGCGAUCUCAGAUCUCACUUAGACAAAUUUCAGAGCGUCUUUCCGUUUCAUUUUAACGCGGUCACGACGAAACACAAAGGUCUCAAUAACAAUAUCGGCGGGAUCCGGCCUAGGAAGCAAAGAGCCGGUAUUUCGGCCGAGCCGCAAAGUGAGGCGUCUCUUCAGCAGCUGAGCAAGCAAACCUUUCCGGUUCACGACAAGGGCGAAAGGUAAGUCGAUUUUUUUAGUGACAGGUGACACGUUUCCCAAACCACUUACACGAACUUAUCAAUGAUACGCUAAUUAUCUAAGGACGUUAAAUGACACUACCGCGCUUUUAAGGAACUGGGACGAAUCGUUU